AUGCCGCCCAAACGUGCCAAGGGCGUGACCUUCAAGCUUGUCCACCCGUCGUACGAUGACGCCGAGCAUGAGGGUGCGAAGAACACCGCCGUGAUGGUGGAGGAGCAGGAACUGCGCAAACACCUGCCGUCAACUGCAACGCGCCGCCGUCGCCAGCGUGGGGAUGAAAGCGAUGAGGAUGAGUCGGCAACAGUCAGUGACUUGGCGCGGGAGUGGACCACUACCACGUCCUUCGCGUCGUCCGUGCCGCAGGGGGGCACCGUCCGGCUGCCGGAGGAGGACGCGUAUAUGAACAAACACAACUUUCUUCGUGCGCAAGACUCAGAUGAUGCGGACGACACCCACGGCAACCUCGGUGAGGAGGACGAGGAGGAUGAAGACAAGUUGUUUGCGGACCAGGAGGAGGUGGAGUUCACAGACGACUUCCUUCGCGAGCUGGUGUUUGGCGAUGGCGGUGGCGACGAGGAGGAAGAUGACACCGACGGCGACGGCGGUGCUGAGAUCGUCACGGGGCACGACGAGUCCGUCUACGUCCAGCACGAUGUGACAAAGAGAGGCGUGGACCGCCAGUUUGCGCGGAUGAUGCGGGAGUUUGACGUUGAUGCCCGCCUCAACGACGCCUACACGGACGAUCCUCGUGCCCAUGGGGCUCUCGAGGUGGAUCAGUACCUGCGCGCACUUGAGGAGUUUGUGGUGGACAGAGCCGGUGUCGACUACGGUACCGCCGAGCCGCGGCGAAAUAAGGGAUUAAUACAUCAGCUAAAAAACAUGGUUCUCUCCGCCGGCACAGAGAUGGGGCCCAGUGGGGAGUUGUACACCACAACCGUUUUGCCGGACAGGCAGACACGUUUUAUGGAAGAGUUCCAAAGAGAGACGGAGGAAAUUCGACAGGCCGCCCUUCAUCGCAUGCAGUGGCAAAAGCCAGAUGGCCCAGUGGAGAACUCCGCGGGUGAGGAGGGGGAGGUAGGGACGUGGCCUGGGGAGACGGAGGCGGAGGACGACGAGGCCUACGUGUUAAGGGAGGUGCGUGAUAAGGCAAAUCGUCUAGACUGCGAGACGGUCGUCUCGAUGUAUUCAACGUGCUUCAACCAGCCCAACGUUAUCCGGGCGCCAGCCACAGGAAGACGACGAAAGAGACACGGGGCCUCCACCUCCUCCCCCUCAGCAGCAGCAGGAGGAGGAACAAAAACAACACCAACUGAGGAGGACGAGGAGACGGUGCCCGAGUUAGUCACGCAGCCACUCGCCUUUGAGCGCUACAAGGGGGAGACAAGGGAGGAAAAGAAGUUGCGGCAGCAGCUGGCAAAGCAGGUGCAGCGUGAGCGACGUGGCAAGAAGCGGGAGCUGAAGGAGGCUUACAAGAACCUUGAGGCAGAUGAGGUGAAGCGGUCGAAAGAAUCCCAAGCAGCAAAGAAAACUGUACACUUCUUUUAG